AUGGAUUCCAAUUAUCAGGGAUCCCUCUGUCAUCCUAUUAUUGAUGAAGAUGAUCCCGAUGGAUCCCCUAUAUACAUCAAUUCCAGCGUUCUUACAAACGACGUUAUUCUCGGACGUUAUCAUGGUUUUCCUGAGGCAAAAACAGUUUCAGAACUAUUUCUUUCAUUCACUUCUAAGUACUCCGAGUUCAAGUGUAUGGGAGAAAGGAAAAUUAACCCAAAUGGAUCAUCAGGAAACUACAUUUGGUAUAAUUAUUCACAAAUUAAAGAUAUGGCUAUCAAUUUCGCCUCAGCAAUGCAAUACAAAGGUAUAAAGAAAGGAGAUCACGUUGGAAUAUUUUCUCAAAAUUGUUUAUUUUGGCAUAUUUCAGAGUUUGCAACACAUCUAUGUGGCGCAACUGUAGUUCCGAUCUCAGAUCGCCUGGGAGCAGACACAUACAAGACAAUUAUCAACGAUUCUGAUAUAAAAGCUAUAAUUGUUCAUGCAUCUGAAGUGAAAAAACUCGAAUCUCUGAAUCUCAAUUUACUUUUCACUGUUAUCAUCUGUAUCGAUCUAGUUAACCUUCCCGAUAACGUUUUUACUAAUACGGAGUUCGUAAACCUCGGAAAAGAACAUAUCUCUGAAUUUUCCCAAAACGAAGUCGACGAAAGCGACGAUGCAUACAUAGUUUAUACAUUUUCCGAUCAAGGUCCUAAAGGCUGCAUUUUGACUCAUAAAAACAUAUUAACAAGUGUAAAUUCGAUGUCUCAUAUUGGAGCAUCGAUAACUACGGAAGAUACAUUCUUAUCAUACAUACCACUCGCACAUAUAUACGAUAUCACCGUAGAAUUACUACAUCUCGCUCAAGGAGCUUCAAUCGGCUUUUAUUCAGGUAAUACAAGGAUACUAAGCGAAGAUAUAAAAUGUUUACGACCAACUAUAUUAUGUGGAGUACCAAGAAUCUUCAACAGAAUGUUAGAUGACUUUAAUGAAUUUUAUUCCAAAUUAAAUGCGCUUAAAAAGUUCAUUAUCAGCCUCGCAUUGCAUUAUACCGACGAUUUACUGAAUAUUAAGAAGUCUUCCUUCAUUAUCGAUCGACUUUUACUCAAUGAUUUCAGAGAAUCAGUCGGAGGAAGAGUUCGUUUGAUCGUAAGUGCAGGAGCGCCGAUAAGAAGUGAUGUUUACAACUUUUUGAAGCGAAUGAUUACUCCUAACAUCGUAAUUGGAUACGGAUUAACGCAAACUUCAGGUGCAGGAGCAAUACAAGAGGCCAAUACCGGUAAUGGAUUAUCAGUUGGUGCUGUUAGUGUCGGAGUUCAGUUGAAACUUCGAAAAAUUGAUGGAUUAGAUUAUGAUCCAAUGAAUUCUCCUCCUUCAGGGGAAAUCUUGUUACGAGGACCUUCUCUGUUUAAAGGAUAUUACGGAUCCGCUCCUUUUACAGACAAAUGGUUCGAAACUGGAGAUGUUGGAACGAUAAUAAAUGGAAAAUUGCAAAUUGUCGACAGAGUGCGGCCAAACAUCAAAAUGAGUCAAGGAGAAUAUAUCCUCGUACCUCAGUUAGUCGAUAAAUACAAAAAAGCCAACGGAGUCCAAUUUCUCCACAUAAUUGCGGAUCCUCACUACUCCAGACCCAUCGCAAUCGUUGUUCCGACACCCGAAUGCAUCGAUGAACUCAAUAGAAGUGGAAUUACUGACGUUGCAAACUCGCAAGUUGCUGCAUCAGAACUUUUGGAGUCAUUGAACAAAUGCGCUGAUGAAGAGAAACUUAGAUCGUUCGAAUACAUGGCCGGAGUAAUAAUUGAGACAGAUAUAAACGCAAUUUACGCUGUAAGGUCUCCGAGUGAAGUUUUGAGGUCAAAAUACGCUGCAAGAGUGUACGAAAUAUACGAGAAACUCAAUAACCCUAAGUAA